AUGGCACCUCAAAACCUCGAAUUCAAGUGCGCAAUCGUGACAGGCGGAGGCAACGGUCUCGGACGAGCAAUUUCAGAAUGGUUGAUAUCCCAAGGCAAGAAGGUCAUAAUUGUGGGUCGAACAGAGUCGAAGCUUCAAACCGCAGCCAAGGAGAUGGGCCAUUCCACGCCAUACUACACCCUUGACACCGGGAAUAUCUCCGCGAUCCCUACUUUCAUAAAGCAAGUCGUGCAAGACCACCCCGAAGUCGACUGCCUAAUCAACAACGCCGGAGUUCAAAGACCUCUAGAGGUCAACAACUUCGAUCUGCAAAAAGCCGACCAAGAAAUUGACAUCAACAUCAGAGGGCCCAUGCACUUGGCCAUUGGUCUCCUUGAUCACUUCAAAUCGAAGCCUAACGGUGCCUUGAUUGUCAACGUCUCCAGUGUCCUUGGUUACAUUCCGACUAGCAUCGUCAAUCCUGUCUACAAUGGCACAAAGGCAUGGGUCCACUUUUGGAGCAUGAACCUGCGGACACAGCUUAAGGACACCAAAGUUAGGGUGGUGGAGAUCGUACCACCAACUGUAGCGACGGACUUACACAGAGAGAGGUCGGAUCCAGAUGACAAUAAGAAGGAGAAGAACCCCUCGGCGCUGAGCGUUGAUGAGUUCAUGGACUUCAUCACCAAGGACUGGAAGGCGGAUAAGGAAACCAUUGGGGCAGGGCCGAGCCAAAAAGUAGUGGACAGGUGGUAUCACGAGUUUGGACCGGAUUACGAGAAGGUCGCUGGGACGAAAUGA